AUGAGUACGGGUCCCACAGAGCUGCCUCCCAUGGCCGAGGCUCACCCCGAAAGCAUGAAAGCUUGGCUAUACAGCGGCACAAGCGGUGGUCUCGAGAAGAAUCUCGAGCUCAAAUACUCCAUCCGCGCACCCCCCGCCCCGCGCACCAACGAGGUGAUCGUCAAAGUGCUCUCCGCCGGCCUGAACCCAGCGGACUUCAAAGUCCCCGAAAUGGGCCUCGCAGCCACCCACCUGGUCAUCGGCAUGCCUGCCACUCCCGGCAUGGACUUCUGCGGCCGCGUUGUGAGUACCGGGCCAAGCGCCACGCAUUUCAAACCCGGCCAACUUGUCUACGGAUCUCAAAGUCGGCCCGUGAAAUUCGGGUCCCUCGGCGAAUACCUUUCUAUCCCGGCUACGUUUGUUGCGCCGCUUCCGGAGGGCGUGGAAAUUGACCAGGCUGCUGGUAUUGGCAUCGCAGGCCAGUCGGCGUACCAGGCUCUUCUUGGAUACGUGAAGGAAGGUGAUAAAGUCUUCAUUAAUGGCGGUUCCGGUGGGUGUGGGUUAUUUGCGAUUCAAAUUGCGAAAAAUAUGGGCUGUCAUGUCACUGUGACCUGCUCGACGCGGAAUGUCGAGCUCUGUUACCGGAUGGGAGCUGACAAUGUGAUCGACUACACUGCCGAGGAAGACCUCGUGGCUGGAGUCAAGCGGCAGGGUGUGAUUUACGAUCAUAUAAUUGACCACAUCGGUCUUCCUUCUCCGCUAUACUUCCAGUGUCAUCAUUUCUUGAAACCCGAUGGUGUGUUUGUGCAGGUUGGCGCAUCGUCUAUGCUUACUUUUGCCGGACGUCUGGCUUGGCCUUCCAUUCUUGGCGGUGGGAAGAGAAAAUAUGUUAUCUUUUUCUUUGCGAAUACCGGGCAGCAUCUCCUUAAACUCGGCGAAAUGAUGGAAGAGGGGAAUCUGCAGACACAGGUGGAUAGUGUUUAUGAAUUCGAGGACACGGUUCAGGCUUUUGAGAAACUUCGCUCCGGGCGAGCGAGGGGGAAGAUUAUUGUUCAUGUGGCAAAGCCGGAUGCCCAUUGGCACCAGGAGAUGGGUUUAUUUUGA